AAUUAGAUUUUGGAGAUGUUAAAAGAGGAAGACCAGCCUGUCCGUUUGCCUUGGAAAGAAAAGGAGAACACCGAAAAGGCUGUGAGUGUUUUAAACCAGAACUGAUUGAAGGUAUUAUGACCAGCAAUAAAUUACCUCCUAUUCAUCCCGGUAAAAUAUUACAAGAACACUUUUUCGAACCCCGAAACUUAACCAUUAAAAAAGUAGCCCAGGAUAUUAAUAUCCCAGUUUAUCAGUUAGAAGAUUUAAUCAAAGAAAAAGGAAGAAUUGAUACUGAUAUGGCUUGCCGAUUGGCUUAUUAUUUUCAAGUCGGAGCCGAACAAGAAGAAGAAGUAAAAAAACAAAUUAGACCUUACCACCAAGCAGAACCGAAAAGAGCCAAAAGAGAUUUUAUUAAAAAAGGGUUAGACCGUGCCAUUCAAGAAAGAGCCAAAGCUGAGAUGGUUUUGUUAUUUUCGACUAAUCACUUUCCCUAUUUACAACAAAUUUUCGGUAAAACCUUAAAACCAUUAAAGGGUGGAAGAAAAGGAGAAUACCGAAUAAAAGUUGAUAACCAGUAUCGAAUAUGUUUUAAGUGA